CCGCCCCCCGCCCGGCCCCGGAGAGGCGGUGUCGCCCUGCCAGCUAUGGCCCCGGACGCGGUCCCCAACCCGCGCUACUUCACUUGGGAAGAAGUGGCGCAGCGCUCCGGGCGCGAGAAGGAGCGAUGGCUCGUGAUCGACCGGAAGGUGUACAACAUCAGCAAUUUCGUCCGCUCGCACCCCGGGGGCUCGCGGGUCAUCAGCCACUACGCCGGGCAGGAUGCUACGGAUCCUUUUAUAGCAUUCCACAUCAACAAGGGCAUUGUGAGGAAGUAUAUGAACUCUCUGCUGAUUGGAGAACUGUCUCCGGAGCAGCCCAGCUUUGAGCCCACCAAGAAUAAAGAGCUGACAAAUGAAUUCCGGGAGCUGAGGGCCACAGUGGAGCGAAUGGGCCUCAUGAAGGCCAACCAUCUCUUCUUUCUGCUGUACCUGUUACACAUCCUGCUGCUGGAUGUUGCUGCAUGGCUCACUCUUUGGCUCUUUGGGACAUCCCUGGUGCCCUUCUUCCUCUCUGCAGUGCUGCUCAGUGCAGUUCAGGCCCAAGCUGGUUGGCUGCAGCAUGACUUUGGGCACCUGUCAGUCUUCAGCACCUCUACCUGGAACCACCUGCUACAUCAUUUUGUGAUUGGCCACCUGAAGGGGGCCCCAGCCAGCUGGUGGAACCACAUGCACUUCCAGCACCACGCCAAGCCCAACUGCUUCCUCAAAGAUCCUGACAUCAACAUGCAUCCCUUCUUCUUUGCCUUGGGGAAGGUGCUUUCGGUGGAGCUUGGGAAACAAAAGAAAAAAUACAUGCCAUACAACCACCAGCACAAGUACUUCUUCCUGAUUGGGCCCCCAGCUUUGCUGCCUCUCUACUUCCAGUGGUAUAUUUUCUAUUUUGUUGUCCAACGGAAGAAAUGGGUGGACUUGGCCUGGAUGGUCACUUUCUACGUCCGAAUCUUCCUUACUUACAUGCCGCUGCUGGGGCUGAAGGGCUUCCUGGGCCUUUUCUUCAUUGUCAGGUUCCUAGAGAGCAACUGGUUUGUGUGGGUGACCCAGAUGAACCACAUCCCCAUGCACAUUGAUCACGACCGCAACGUGGACUGGGUCUCCACGCAGCUCCAGGCAACGUGCAAUGUCCACCAGUCGGCCUUCAAUGACUGGUUCAGUGGGCAUCUCAACUUCCAGAUUGAGCACCACCUCUUCCCCACGAUGCCCCGGCACAACUACCACAAAGUGGCGCCCCUCGUGCAGUCCCUGUGCACCAAGUACGGCAUAGAGUAUCAGUCUAAGCCCCUGCUCUCCGCUUUCGCUGACAUCGUCUACUCACUGAAGGAGUCGGGGCAGCUCUGGCUGGACGCCUAUCUUCACCAAUAGCUCCUCCCUCCAGCGGGAAGGGAAGAGAUGAUCACUGGAGCCAGACCGAGAGGAUUGUGGGGGACUGUGCCACUGGGACUCUAAUACUCAGAGGGGGUGGGUUUGGGGACGUAAAGGCUUGUGUUCAGACCUGCCCCCUUUGCCUUCUAGGCACAAAGGAGGUGGGAGCACACAAGCCCCCGAAGGGGGCACUGUUGGGACAGGGUGUGAGUCAGUUUUGUUUUUUCCUACUUGGACAGGGCAGUUGGGUGGGAGCCAGUCAGUACUGGACGUCCACUCUUUGAAAGGGGAAGCUCAUCUCCCCAGGCCGUACCUUAGCGACUCUUCACCCUCCUCACUAGCCUCAGAGGGACAGAUGGCUCCAUCACUUUGAACAAGAUUUGGAAAGGAAGCAUUCAUGCAUAGAAUUUCGAGGCCUGGCACAACUCCUUGCCCAAGAACUCAGCUCAGUGCCCAGGGCAGGGUGUGACCUCUUCUGGUCCUGGCUGCUGAGAGAAGCCAUUUCCCAGUUUCAGAAGUAGUCAGGACAAAGGUCAGAAUGGUGCUUCUGGAGGCAUUGGACCUAAAGGAUCCUAUCACCACUACUUUUGGAUUCGUGUUCCAUCCAGGUUCCAAAGAGAAUAUUAGAUCCUAGAUCUUGCCAAAAUGGAUGCUAGAGUUGCUGACUAUUCAAAAAUCCCCUUUGAUUCACCUCUUCUAAUCACCCCUCAAAGGAACCAAGAACUCCCAUAAGGAGCUCACUCUACAAGCAAGGGGUGAUGGGCUUUCCUACUCUGAGGAACAAAUGGGGCUUCCCAUAGUUUACUUUUCUUCCCAACCUGUAAUUCUAAGUUUAACAAAACAGCAAUUAGCACAGAUGAUUGAGGUUUUAGUCAUAGUGUGUAAGGGCUGAGAGCAGACAAUUUCUAUCCCCUAAACUAUGUUGCAGCAGGACGUUAACAUAGCUCUAAAUCAGAAAUAGGAAAGUAGGGUUGUGAACACUGUUGCUUGAGCUAGGCGGCUCCAUCUAUUCCUGUUCAAGUGACUUGUUCUUCUGGAGAAAACAGGUAUUUGGGAUAGCUUCCUACACUGCCUACCGUCUAACAAUGAAAUAUAUUUUUUGCAACUAAGCACCUUUAGCCGUUGAGCCAUCUCUAGCUCCAAAAUAUUUUGUAACCUUCUGGUUUAUAAAAGUUAAGAGCAGUUUAAACUCAUCCUUCCAGAAAUAAACAUAGGAUAUACUGGAAGAGUUUUGCUUAACUCCAGGGCCUAUUAGUAUUCAUACUCUCCUUGCUUCCCAAAUCCAGUCUUUUAGCCCUGUGUGGGCAUUAUCUGGUUCCUGUUAAACAGAAUCUACUCUAAACAUGUGGGCCAUCUGGAUACUUGAAGAGGAGCUUGAACUAGAAGGCCGAAGCACCACCCAUGUUGAGUUGGGGGUGGGGGGCUAUGACAGGAGGUCAAGGUGAGGGUAAUAAGGCACACUGGGCUGCAGUAUGGAGAUGGACCGGGGUUGCUCAGGUUUUCCAGAACAAAGCUUAGGAAGUGCAGUUGCAUAAUUCAGGUCUUUCUCGGGACUGCUGUAGAAUGUUUUAUUGGUUUCCCUCCCUCCAGAAUAGGUGUUGGUCCUUCCCCGUGCCUAUUCCUUGCCACCUGAGGUAUGGAGUGUGGCAUCACCAGCCUGUCUAGCCCACUACUGGCUUUGAGCCCAGGCCACCAAUCUCAGCAAACACCAGUAAGCUCUAUGGUGCCAAGACCAGGUCUCCAAAGCACCCGAACCACUGUGGCCUUCCCUCCUCAGACUUUGCCACUGUGGUUUCACAUGGUGACAAGUGACAAGACUCAGAAUUUACAGUGGUAAAGAAUCUGAAAUUGGGCUGGAAAGAUGGCUUAGCAGUUAAGGUAUUUGCCUGCAAAGCCAAAGGAUCCCGGUUUGAUUCCCGAGGACCCAUGUAAACCAGAUGCACAAAUGCACUGAGUUCAUUUGCAGUGGCUGGAGGCCCUGUUGUGCCCAUUCUCUCUCUCUCUGCCUCUUCCUCAGAAAAAAGAAAAGAAAAUCUGAAAUCCACUGACAGAUGAUAUUAGAGAGGGAACAUUGUCUCUGCUCAUAAAUAGUGGUAGAACAUUUAAACUUAAUGUUUGUUACCUGGCUAGGGGCAUUUUAACUGAGUCUAAUACAGGUUUCAUUUAUGUAUGUCAAUGUUGUUACCACAUCCUAAUAAAGCUAAAAGAAUAAAAAUUAAUUUUGACCAAA